GUGGGACCAGCAGCUACCUUCAACUGGGCUCUGAGGAAAUGUGCUGCUGCUGCUUUUACGGACAAACAAUAGCGCUCGUCUAAAUCCGGCCACUUCAACUCAUUUGUGCUGCAUAUUUUUCCAGCCAGAGGAGGAGCAGGCACGCAGCGUUCAUUCACAGAUGCAUUUUUCGCCCUCGGAGGGAGCAAAAAGCGGAGGGAAGUGUCGCUAAACCCACCGACUCCAGACUGAUCCUCCUGCAGGUCCGUGGUUUUGGCUGACGGGCCGUGUAAACGCGGCUUGUAAAGGAACUCCACUGUGGUUGGUCGUGGUGUGUAGAGAGGAGCCCGCUCAGCCCCUCCAGGCUCCUCAGCCAUGGCUCUCCUGGCCUACCUGAAGAACCUGUUCAUCCUGCAGCUGCUGAUGGGCUUCGUGUUUGUGGUGAGCGGCCUCAUCAUAAACUUCAUUCAGCUCUGCACCUGCGUGUUCUGGCCCAUCAACAGGCAGCUCUACCGCAGAAUCAACUGCAGGCUCUCCUACUCUCUGUGGAGUCAGCUGGUGAUGAUGCUGGAGUGGUGGUCGGGCACAGAAUGCACCCUAUACACUGACCAGGCUACGGUGGACAAGUUCGGCAAGGAGCACGUCAUCAUCAUCCUCAACCACAACUUUGAAAUCGACUUCCUGUGUGGCUGGACCAUGUGUGAAAGAUACGGGGUCUUAGGGAGUUCAAAAGUGCUGGCCAAACACGAGCUACUGAAGGUCCCUCUGAUCGGCUGGACCUGGUACUUUCUAGAAAUCGUUUUCUGCAAAAGAAAGUGGGAAGAGGACAGAGAAACGGUUUUUGCAGGCCUGGACAGGCUCAAAGAUUAUCCUGAAUAUAUGUGGUUUCUGCUGUACUGUGAAGGAACCCGCUUCACGGAGAAGAAACACCAAAUCAGCAUGCAGGUGGCGGAGAGUAAAGGCCUCCCCAAGCUCAAGUAUCACCUUCUACCCCGAACCAAAGGAUUCACCACCACGAUGCAGUGUCUGAAAGGCACAGUCACUGCUGUGUAUGAUGUGACUCUGAACUUCAAGGACAACCAGAUUCCCACUCUGCUGGACAUCGUCAACGGCAAAAAAUACAAAGCUGACCUGCGUGUUAAGCGGUUUUCUGUGGAGGAUAUUCCGGAUAAUGAACAGGAGUGUGCCAACUGGCUGCACAAGCUCUACCAGGAGAAAGACGCCUUACAGGAGCAGUACGACAAGGAAGGAAAGUUCCCUGGACCCACAAUCAUCCCCCCGCGCCGCCCGUGGACGCUGCUCAACUUCCUGUUCUGGGCCACCGUUCUGUUGUCGCCCCUCAUCAAAUUAGCAUGUGGGGUGAUCGUUAGCGGCUCCCCGCUCCUCAUCAUCGGUUUCAUCACCUUCCUCAUCAUCGCCUCAGUUGCUGUUCGCCGUCUCAUCGGGGUCACAGAGGUGAAGAGAACAGGCUCCAGUUACGGAGACCAAGAGGCCAAGAAAAAAAAGUAAACUGUGUGACCCCCCCCGACCCCGUCUCACCGCGGCGUCUCACUCCCCGUCCAACUCCAUCCUCCUCCUGCCGUUGGCAGGCCGGGGAGGAGGCCCACCUGUGAAAACAAAACCAACACCAGAGUCAAAAAACGAGAAGAAAAUCCUGCCUUCAGCGGAGGAAGAGACGAAGACGAGAAGGUGUGGGAAUGACGCUCUCUGGUUUAUCACAGAUUAUAAGGAGGGGGGGAGAUGCAGUGCUGUAAACCCACCAAACUCCCAAUUAAGUCCGUUAAACAAGAAUCAUAAGCCUGAGAUCAUUUUCUAAAAGCCACGCCCACUUCCUGUCAGCUGUUGAUUCCUUUGAAGCUCACGCAACACAUCCUGAUCCACACCGAUUAAUUUCUGUUGUCCAGCGGCAGUGCUUCUUCCCAACACCAGGAUCCAUCGUUCCCCUUGUUCUGAUGGAAAUCGGUGCCUUUCGGCCCAGCCUGGCUUUCCUUAAUCAGCUCACACAAACCACUCAAAGGCCGCUUCACAGCGCUCAGAUUUCUACAACUAAACCACAAAAUGGCUAAAAUUAUUGAACUAAAUGCAAAAAAAUAGGAAAUAAUUCAGUGAAAAGACAUUUAGAGAUCCACCAAUCAUAACCCAACAUCCAACCUCCAGCUAAAGCCUCUGGAUUUAAGAACAUUAACGUUAUUAAAAGUGUUUUUGAAGCAAAAUAAGAAGAUAAUUGCUGUCAAAAGAAACGGUUCACUAAUAUUUAAGCAUUCUAUGUUAGUAAUUUCUCAGUCACCUUAUUGUACACUGCAAAAACACAAAAUUUUACCAAGUACAUUUGGUCUAGUUUUUAGUGCAAAUAUCUUAGUUUUUAUAUUUCAAGUCUAACUAACUUUAAAAGUAACUUUUCAGCUAAAUAUAAUUGCUUAUUUUAAAUCAAUAAUUUCUUAAUACUGGUUAAAAACAAGAGUACUGGUUCCACUGGCAGAAUUUUUACCUUAUAACUUAAAUUUUUCCCACGUUACAGGUAAAAUAAAAUCUGCCAGUGGAACUAUAGCUUUUUGAAAAAUGAAUACAUUCAUUUUUACUAUUACGUCUUUACAAGCUGCUAUUUCUUGCUGAAAAGUUACUUGUAAUAAGCUUGUUUUUGUAUUAUUUAAUGUGUAGUAAGAUAUUUACACCAGAAACUACAUCCAACACACUUGGUAAGAUUUUAUAUGUUUUUCAUAUUAGGUAAAACUUAAAGGUUUCCAAAAGUUCGGCAACAUUUCAAAACAAAUCUUGCUUAAGAAAAAGUCAAACGUCUACAAACGACUUGUUUUCUUCCUUCAGCAACCACUUCCACACUGAAGAGUGAUGUUUUGGUGCAUCUCUAAUCAUCUGCUUCAUUGUAAUCUAUUUCUGGUGAAAUUAAUCGUUAAUUUAGUUGGAAAUUCUUUUAAAAAAUUAGUUAAAUAUAAAGUUAUAAUCCUGACUUUAGACUCUCAGAUGGGCUGGUGUCUGCUGAGCUGCAGCAAGGACUCUGAAUGUGAAAACCGAGGAAACCUGCCCUCAUUUAAAACACAAACUUCCCGUUUUUCCUCCAUUUCUCCUAUCGGAUUUCAAACAAACACUCCACCUUUAGGAGUGUUCGUUUUCUCACCCACGUGUAAGGCGGACGACCUCCGACCUCCUUAACGUGCCGUUUCGACCUCCCCCCCCCCCCCCCCCCCGACACUGAAACGCAGCUCACGGUGGAACAUGAAUGGCAGCAGAAUCAAGGGUCAAAGGUCACCAACUGUUUUCAUGUAGCCACACAGCUGUUAGCAUAGACUGCAGUAGGAGUAUUUUUAACCUUUGCCUUAAAUCAAGCUUGCUCAGGCAAGGGAUUGCUUAUUUACCUCCCUUUGAAACGCAUAACGCCACUUUUGUUAUGUUUUAAAUCUUCACCCUUCAUUUCUGUCUUUACAAUAAUGCAUGGUGGAGUAGGAAGAGUUAAUUAGCAAAAUGACUGAAUCAUUUAAACCGUGGACUAAUAGGAAGAUGUUAAUUGAAGGGAUUUCUUUUUGGGAGGGUUUUGUUUGGGGGAAAAAAUCACUUUAAAUGUUCAAAGUGGACAAAAAAGGAAUUAUUUGUUUUGUUUAGGAAUUUAAAAAAACAAUCUGUAAGAGAAGAUAAAUUGCUUUAUUUGAUUAAAUGACUUAUAGGAAGUUGGUUUUUUGUUGCAUCAAACCCACUUUUUUAAAUCUCUGAGUUGUUUUUUAUAUAGAAAAAUCUUUUGUUAUCCACUUUAAAUAAUUUCAGAUGAUUUCUAGGAAACUUUUUGGUUGUGUUUGAAUAAAAAUCACUGUUGAAUACAUUAUAGGAAGAUUUUGAUUUCUUGAAUAUAAAAUUGCACGCAGGUUUUCACAUUUUGAAAGCAAAGCAUCAUUAUUUUUGAGCGGAGAAAUGUCCAGUUCUUCUUUCCGUAGUCAUCUAUAAACGGACAGAUUUCGUGCAAACCUUAAUUAGCAUCAAGGGCCAAAACAACCACACAAUUUAAAGAAUAAAUAGAUCUUAAAUCAGCAUUUAUACAUGUGAUCAUUUAAAUUAAUUUGGAAUUGUGUGCAAAUGAUUUGUUAAACAUGCAAUUGGUAAAUAUUGAAAACAUUUCAAAUUUUUUUACAAAUACAUUCAAAUUUCAGUUAAUGUUUUCCACCAAUCUUUGAAAUAUUGGAUACAUAAAUUUUUAUCUAAAUUAUAACAUCUAAUAAUGUUUAUAGACAACUUUAUUUAUUUAAUUGAGUCCCUUAAUAAAUUAGUGCUGCUUGAUUAUUAUUAGUAUUUAUAUUUUUAAUAUUUAGAAGUUAACUCAUGUGAAAUUGGAAAAUGUAAGACAUUUUUAUCUGGUAAAUUUGCAGCUUCUGUGAUUUAUUCAGGUUUUUUUAUGCCACUUAAAAGGAUCUUAUAUUUACAUUUAUUGUAACCAGAACUGAUACAAAUUUUCCCAACAAUUUCUGUCACUCUUGAAAACCAAAUUUAGGUUUCUGGGGGGGGAAAAGUCCAAAAUAUUUUUAUUUUUCUGUUCUUUAAUUUCCAAUUAACAAAUUAAAGCCCAGCUAUAAGCAUUUCACGUUGGAAAAAUCUCCAGUUCUCCCCGUUAGUUGCACCUCUUGCAUCGGCUGUUUGGCUAGUUUUUUGUUUUUGUUAUUUUUCUACAGCUUUUAUUUUUAUGUUUUCUUCCAUUUAAACACUUGAGAUUAUUAAAGGAUUUAAUCACAAAGCAACUCUUACCCUUGGAUUUCUUUGGCUUUGUCUGAGUUUCUCUGUAUGAACAUGCAGCCAUGAAGCCAUGCAGGUGAAAGGAGAGCAUCUUCUCCACCCAUGUUCAGAGUCGCAUUCAUUCACCUUUGUUUUUCAUGACGCAUCCACAAACUUCACUAAAUUAAUAUGCGACACAUUAAUAUGUAAAUAAGCUAAAUCUGAAUGUCCUUUAGAAACUAGAGCUGUGCGUAGCUGCUUUUAUUAGUAUUCCUCCCUAAAAUCAAUGGGUUUUAUGUACAUAAUGUAAAUAAUUACAAUGCUUUGUUUAGAAGUAGUUGGUUUUCCACAUUGCACUGUCUUUGACUGCACCGUUAUUUCAGGCUACAACCAAAUCUACCACUAGGGGGCAGCAGCAGAAGUGUUACAGUGAUGAAUGCCUCCAGCGACCAGAGGAGACCGAGGUUAAAUUUUGCUCCCACAGCAGUUUUCAGUCCGAGCAGUCAUUAAUCAUUUCUUACUGCACUCCUUUAUUUCUUUUUUUUAUUGCAUGAUGUGCUUUACUGCACAGGCAGCGAAUCGAGUUCAUUCUGACUCAGGGAUUCUUUUACAGACUGGUGAUGCAACUGCUGUGGCAUUAACUCUGAAUCUGAAUAAAGAGGCUUUCUGGGGAA